AUGGCUGUGUGGAACGCAGAACAGGUCGCGGAUCUAUCGAUGUGUGAGUCUUCCGAUGAUGGUGGGAACGAAUCAUCCGUUGUUGACUCAGAAGACAGUGAGUUUCGUAUUUCAAGCAGUGGUGGAGAGGAUCCUACAGUUUCUUCGGAAACAGAAAGUACCGACAGUGAAAACAGAACGUACGUAACAUGUGGUCGCUCGAGGGCUAGAGGUCGGCACGUGAGAACACGUGGCGGUGGAGUUAGGACCCGGGGCGGAAGCCGUGGAGUGUGUGUAACACCCAACCGAUCGAGAUCUGUAAGUCCUCAACCCAGACGAACCAGGGCAAUUCAUGUUCCACAGCAUGACUGGACCGAGGUGGCGCAAGACCCUCCAGAUUUCCCAUUUACCCAGACACCGGGGCUAAUCAACCCUGUACCAAAUGGGUCACCUGCAGAAUUGUUUGAAUUAUUCGUAACUCCAGAACUAAUUGAUAUGAUGGUGACAGAAACAAACCGGUAUGCUGCAGCAGAAAUAAAUAAACAGCGCCCACUACGCAGGCAUUCCCGUUUGAAUGACUGGCGUGACACUAAUGCAGUGGAAAUGAAAAAGUUUCUGGCACUCUUACUUCACAUGGGCCCCGUCUCGCUGCCCACGAUAGAGCAUUACUGGAGUACAAACAAUUUAUACAAAAACACUCUGUUUGGCAGUAUCAUGAGCCGCAACAGAUUCCAACUUCUACUUCGCUUUUGGCAUUUUACAGAUAAUGCGAACGCAGAUGCCACAGAUCGUUUGUAUAAAUUGAGACCUGUAUUAGAACAUUUCAACCAUACUAUGGACAGGAUAUAUUAUCCAAGGAAAGAACUCAGCAUUGAUGAAUCAAUGGUAUUGUGGCGAGGGAGGCUGGUUUUCAGGCAGUAUAUAAAAAACAGACGUCACAAGUAUGACAACUAUUAUAAUUCUGUGGGACUUGUAAAAAGGCUAACUAACCGAUCUACUUACAUUUGUGGUACACUUCGCUUUGAUCGUAAGGAGAAUCCAAAGGAAGUUGCAAGUAACAAGCUGAAAAAAGGUGAACAUGCUUGGAAACGUUCAGAAAGCGUUGUAGUAUGCAAGUGGAAAGAUAAGCGUGAUGUGUUGACAAUAAGUAACAUGCACAGGGUCAAAAUGAUCAAUGUAGUAAAUCGCCGACAGCAGAUGUCUAUCAAACCAAAUAUAGUGCAAGAUUACAAUGACGGUAUGUCGGGUGUUGACACAUCGGAUCAAAUGCUAUCAUACUAUUCUGGCCUUAGGAAGACUCUCCGAUGGUACAAGAAAAUGGGACUUCAUAUUCUCGAGGUUUGCGUAAUAAAUGCUCACAUCCUGCACUCUGAUAACAAUCCUGCAAACGCAAUGAAACUCCUGGAAUUCAGGGAAGCUGUGACAACCCAUCUCCUCGGUGACUCGUUGAAUGUGAUUCCCGCGGCAGGACCUAGCCCAACAUCCCAAUCAUCGUUCCAUUACUUGGAGCACUUGCCCACCACAGAGAAGAAGGAACGCCCCACGAAGAGGUGCAGAAUUUGUAGCAUGCAAGGCUUGCGAAGAGAAACUCUGUACGUUUGUGCUGAGUGUCCUGACAAACCGGCACUUUGUGUAGAACCGUGCUUUAGGCAACAUCAUGUAAAUUAG